AUGCAGUCAACUCUCUUUUCCCCAACCUACUCCCCGAUUUUCCCCACUCACGCUUCUUCCCGGCGCGUGGUAAAAGCUUCCGUUUCAGUCGAUUCUCCCUCUCCCCAAUCCACACAGGUCAAGCUCAACAAAUACAGUUCCCGCAUCACCGAGCCAAAAUCCCAAGGCGCAUCGCAAGCUAUUCUCUACGGUGUCGGUCUUUCCGAAGAUGACAUGAAGAAACCUCAAGUCGGAGUUUCCUCCGUUUGGUACGAAGGGAACACCUGUAACAUGCAUCUUCUCCGUCUCUCUGAGGUUGUUAAAGAAGGUGUGGCUGAAGCUGGUAUGAUUCCGUUUAGGUUUAAUACUAUUGGUGUUAGUGAUGCUAUUUCCAUGGGGACUAGAGGGAUGUGUUAUAGUUUGCAGUCUAGGGACCUUAUUGCUGAUAGUAUUGAGACUGUUAUGGCUGCUCAGUGGUAUGAUGGGAAUAUCUCCAUCCCUGGUUGUGACAAAAAUAUGCCAGGUACAAUCAUUGCAAUGGGAAGGCUUAAUCGACCGAGUAUUAUGGUUUAUGGUGGGACUAUAAAGCCUGGUCACUUUAAGGGUGACACAUUCGACAUAGUGUCUGCCUUUCAGAUCUAUGGAGAAUAUGUGAGUGGAUCCAUUAGUGAUGAACACAGACAAGAUGUUAUCCGCAACUCUUGCCCUGGUGCAGGGGCCUGUGGUGGAAUGUAUACAGCCAAUACCAUGGCUUCUGCAAUAGAAGCUAUGGGCAUGUCUCUUCCAUAUAGCUCAUCUACACCUGCCGAGGAUCCACUAAAGUUGGACGAGUGUCGGUUAGCCGGAAAAUAUCUUCUUGAGUUGUUGAGGAUGGACUUGAAGCCCCGGGAUAUCAUCACUCGCAAAUCAUUACGUAAUGCAAUGGUUAUAGUUAUGGCCCUUGGUGGAUCUACCAAUGCUGUGUUGCAUUUAAUUGCUAUUGCCAAGUCUGUUGGCGUUGAUUUGACUCUUGAUGAUUUUCAGAAGGUUAGUGAUGAAGUUCCUUUCAUUGCUGAUCUUAAGCCUAGUGGGAAAUAUGUUAUGGAAGAUGUUCAUAAGAUUGGAGGGACCCCAGCAGUUAUCCGCUACCUUCUUGAGCAAGGCCUUUUAGAUGGUGACUGUUUGACUGUCACUGGGAAGACCCUAGCUGAAAACGCAGAACUUUUCCCUCCUUUGUCCAAAGGGCAGGAAAUAAUAAGGCCAAUUGAAAAUCCCAUCAAGAAGACAGCUCACAUUCAAAUAUUAUAUGGAAACGUUGCACCUCAGGGUUCUGUUGCUAAAAUUACUGGAAAAGAGGGCUUGUACUUCUCUGGUCCCGCACUUGUUUUUGAAGGAGAGGAGGCAAUGAUUUCUGCCAUUUCAGAGGAUCCUUCGAGGUUUAAGGGAAAAGUUGUUGUAAUCAGGGGAGAGGGGCCUAAAGGUGGCCCGGGAAUGCCUGAGAUGUUAACACCAACAAGUGCGAUAAUGGGAGCAGGGCUCGGAAAGGAUGUCGCUUUAUUGACUGACGGAAGAUUUUCAGGAGGUUCACAUGGGUUUGUGGUUGGUCAUAUUUGCCCUGAAGCACAGGAAGGUGGUCCAAUUGGUUUGAUUCAAAAUGGAGACGUCAUCAACAUUGAUGUUCAAAACAAGAGAAUUGAUGUUUUAGUUACAGACGAGGAGUUGCAGGCACGAAGGGGGAAAUGGGUUGCUCCACCAUACAAAGCUAACCAAGGUGUUCUUUACAAGUAUAUUAAAAAUGUGAAACCUGCUUCUAGCGGAUGUGUAACAGACGAGUAG